CGUCCAUUUUGUCCGGCCGUUCCCGUGCUCAGUCCUGACUAGCCGCAGCAGAGUAUUAUUUUUUUUGAAAUUUAAUAUUAAUUCAGUUCGAUCGCUUACCGAAUAUACAUCAUGUUGAACGCAUUAUCUAGGGCUGCUCUUGGAGCCCUGAAGGCCGGCAAAAGCAAUUUAACACCGAAAUCCGUACAAAAUGAAUUGCCCAAAGCAAUGGUGGCCACCACGUCGACUUCUAACAACAAAACAGCCACAAAACCCCUAGCUGGUACAUCUCAAGGCCGUAUAGUUGCUGUUAUUGGUGCCGUCGUUGAUGUCCAAUUCGAUGAAGAACUACCCCCCAUCCUCAAUGCGCUCGAAGUACAAAACAGAUCUCCCCGUCUCGUUCUUGAAGUUGCUCAACAUUUGGGUGAAAACACUGUCAGAACCAUUGCUAUGGAUGGUACCGAAGGUCUUGUUCGAGGUCAGGGAGUACUCGACAGCGGCUCUCCCAUCAGAAUUCCAGUCGGCGCCGAGACUUUGGGCCGUAUCAUUAAUGUUAUUGGCGAGCCAAUUGACGAGAGGGGUCCAAUUCCAACUGACAAAAGAGCACCCAUUCACGCCGAUGCUCCUGAAUUCGUUGAAAUGAGUGUCGAACAGGAAAUUCUAGUAACUGGUAUCAAGGUCGUAGACUUGUUGGCCCCGUACGCCAAGGGAGGAAAAAUUGGUCUCUUUGGUGGUGCCGGAGUAGGAAAAACUGUAUUGAUUAUGGAGCUUAUUAACAAUGUUGCCAAGGCUCACGGUGGUUACUCUGUAUUUGCCGGUGUCGGGGAAAGAACUCGUGAAGGUAAUGAUUUGUACCAUGAAAUGAUUGAGUCCGGCGUAAUUUCCCUCAAAGACAAAACCUCGAAGGUAGCGUUGGUGUACGGUCAGAUGAACGAACCCCCUGGCGCACGUGCCCGUGUCGCUUUGACUGGAUUGACCGUCGCCGAGUACUUCAGAGAUAUAGAAGGACAAGACGUGUUGCUCUUCAUCGACAACAUUUUCCGUUUCACGCAAGCCGGUUCCGAAGUGUCUGCCCUGUUGGGACGUAUCCCGUCCGCUGUGGGUUACCAACCUACUUUGGCCACCGACAUGGGUACUAUGCAGGAAAGAAUCACCACCACCAGAAAGGGAUCCAUUACGUCGGUGCAGGCUAUUUACGUACCCGCCGACGAUUUGACUGAUCCUGCUCCGGCCACGACUUUCGCCCAUUUGGACGCCACCACCGUGUUGUCCCGUGCCAUCGCCGAGUUGGGUAUCUACCCGGCCGUAGAUCCACUGGAUUCCACCUCCCGUAUUAUGGACCCCAACGUCAUCGGAGAAGAACAUUACAACAUAGCUCGUGGAGUGCAAAAGAUCCUGCAAGAUUACAAAUCGCUCCAAGACAUUAUCGCCAUUUUGGGUAUGGACGAACUUUCGGAAGAAGACAAAUUGAUCGUUGCCAGGGCUAGGAAAAUCCAAAGGUUCUUGUCCCAACCUUUCCAAGUGGCCGAGGUGUUCACUGGACAUCCAGGAAAAUUGGUACCUCUAGAAGAAACGAUUAAAGGUUUUACCAAAAUUUUGGCCGGUGAUUACGAUCACUUGCCCGAAGUCGCCUUCUACAUGGUUGGACCGAUUGAAGAAGUAGUCGCCAAGGCUGACACCUUAGCCAAGAACACAAAUUAAUUGUGUAAAAGCUACUGAAUCCAUUCACAUAUAAGUUGUCCUCGUAAAAUUUUGUAUUCUUAAAAGUUUAAAGUAAACAUUAUUGUUCGUGUUUCAGCGAAUAAACUAAGUAGAGUUAUGUACAUAA